GUUGUUGUGACGUCAUAAGUCUGCGACAGCGACUCGUCGGUCUCAGUUGCAGACCUGAUGCAAGUGAAAGUGGAAAGUCAAGAACUGGAUGAACUGGAGGAGAAACAUCAGUAUCAGACACCUAAUAAUUCUGAAAGGAAAUCCUCACAAAAAAGAAGUCAAAAAACAAGAGCCAAAAAAUCUUUAACCUGCCCUCAGUGUGGAAAGAGUUUCAUGCAAAAAGGACACCUUGAGAAUCACUUGAGAAUUCACACUGGAGAGAAGCCUUUCACAUGCCUGCAGUGUGGAAAGAGUUUCACAGAAAAAGGACACCUUGAGAAUCACAUGAGAAUUCACACUGGAGAGAAGCCUUUCACAUGCCCUCAGUGUGGAAAGAGUUUCUCAUGUUCACAAAGUCUCAAAUAUCAUCUACACUCUCAGCACACUGGAGUAAAAUCAUUGAAGUGUGAUCAGUGCGAUAAAAAAUUUAUUUUGACAUCACACUUAAAGGCACAUAUGAGAACUCAUACAAAUGAGAAACCUUACAUGUGUUCUGUUUGUGGAAAGAGUUAUGCAUGGUGGCACAAUUUUAAAGAGCACCAGAGAAUGCAUACCGGUGUGAGAGAUCAUAUGUGCUUUGAGUGUGGGAAAACCUUUAUUAGAGCUGAUGACUUGAAGCUGCACCAAAGAGUCCACACAGGAGAAAAACCUUAUACAUGUUCACAUUGUGGAAAGUGUUUCAGUCGGUUAGGAGCCCUGAAAAUACAUGAGAGAGUGCACACUGGAGAGAAGCCAUACCACUGCCAUCCAUGUGGGAAGAGCUUUAGCCAAUCAGGUCAAUUAUUGUAUCAUUUUAAGAAGUGCAAUGGAAAGUUGUCACAGUGAGCAAAAUUCCUCUU